UCUACAAAGCAUCGUGGACAGAAAUGAAAUACGAGAGGACGAGAUCUUAUAUAUACCACCACCAGCAGCAGCAGCAGCAGCCGCCAUAUACCUCCUCAGAUCAGUAGUGAUCAGUCCCAGAUUAAGCCAAAGUACUGCCAACACAGCUCUCACCUUAGCCACACAGUACUCCAGCAACAAUGUCAGCUGAGGCGUCGGCCGUGCGUGUGAUCGGCCUGUGGCCGAGCCCGUUCGUCAUCCGCGUCCUGAUCGCGCUGAAGCUGAAGGGCAUCGAGUACGAGUUCGUGGAGGAGGAGGUGCAUUUGGGCAAGAAGAGCGAGCUGCUGCUCAGGUCCAACCCCGUGCACAAGAAGAUCCCCGUCCUGCUCCACCACGGCAAGCCCAUCUCCGAGUCCCUCGUCAUCGUCCAGUACGUCGACGAGGCCUGGUCCUCCGCCGCGCCGGCCAUCCUCCCGGCCGACCCGUACACCCGCGCCGUCCAUCGGUUCUGGGCACAGUACAUCGACGACAAGCUUCCUCCGGCGAUCCGCACUCUCAGGGGAUCGGACGACGGCGACAAGGAGCAAGCGGCGGGGCAGCUGUCCGCCGCCCUGCAGCUGUUGGAGGCCGCCUUCGUGGAGCUCAGCCAGGGGAAGAGCUACUUCGGCGGCGACGGCGUCGGGUACCUGGACAUCGCCCUGGUGUCGUACGUCGGGUGGGUGCGGGCGCUCGAGAAGAUCGCCGGGGUCGCGCUGCUGGACCAAGCCAAGGUCCCCAACCUGGCGGCGUGGGCUGGCCGGCUCUGCGCGCACGCGGCGGUGGCGGACGCGAUCCCUGACGCCGACAAGUUCGUGGAGUUCAGCGUCAAGUUUUCCAAGCCUAUGAACACUGGUGCCAAGUCUCGGCAGGGUAGAGAUCAAUCAGUCACCUGGAGCGCAGAAAAUAUGGCGUCGAGCGGCGAAGAGCAGGCGGUGGCGGUGCGCGUGGUCGGCGGCUGGGCGAGCCACUACGCCAUCCGCGUGUACGUGGCGCUGAGGCUCAAGGGCGUCGAGUACGAGUUCCUGCAGGAGGUGGUUGGCAACAAGAGCGAGCUGCUGCUCAGGUCCAACCCGGUGCACAAGAAGAUCCCCGUGCUCCUCCACAGCGGCAAGCCCGUCGCCGAGUCCAUGAUCAUACUCCAGUACAUCGACGAGGUCUGGGCGGCCGACGAGGCGCCGGCCCUCCUUCCGGCGGAUCCGUACGCCCGUGCUGUCGAGAGGUUCUGGGCACAGUACGUGGAUGACAAGAUUGCCCCUGCAUCUGUAGUCUUGAGAGGAGUGACCACCGGAGACAAAGGCGAGGCAGCAGCGCAGGUGUCUACUGCCCUGCGGCACUUGGAGGCGGCCUUCGUGGAGUGCAGCCAAGGGAGGACCUAUUUCGGCGGCGACGACAUCGGCUUCCUUGACAUCGUUCUCGGAUCACACCUGGGCUGGCUGAAGGCAGUGGAGAAGAUCGCCGGCGUCAAAGUCCUCGACGAGUCCAAGCUCCCUGAGCUGACAGCAUGGGCGGAGCGGUUCUAUGCUCACCACGCCGUCAGAGACGUCAUGCCCGAAACGGACAGGCUCGUGCAGUUCAACACGUACCUCAUUGGUGUGUUGAGAGCUAAAGCUUCCAACAAGUACUAAAAUGGUAGGCGAAUGGACAUUGAGUCUGGUGGUGAGGCUAAGGGUGGGAGUGGGAACGAAAUGGCAGGGUUCCAUCCUUUGUUACGCAUCUAAUGGAGGUUGGAUUGGAGUGUUCUGAUACAGAUGAUGAAAUGGUGAGGUGCCGAAAGGCCGACCAGAGGAGGGUGAAUAGGAGCCGAUCAAAAUUUUAUCGCAAUUGAAAGCUCAGCUUAAGAUCCCAAAAACACACCCAACCCUUGAGUCCUAGGUGAAGUGUAGAGUAGCUAUAUAAGAGCUACACUAACACAAAACAAUUCUAGGACAAACGAGAAGUGGCGCGGAAACAAACAGCGAGAAGAAACAGCUGAAACAACGCACGGUAUACCUCACCGGUUGAUCCGACGCUUGAGUUUGAAUGG